GACAUAUGAUAAGAUUGAGAGAGAGACGGGGCAGAGAGAGAGAGAGAAAGUGAAGGGGAUUAGUGAAAAGAAUCCACUUAACAGGAGAUCUUGGAAAAAAUUGGUACUUUUUUUUGGUGGGUUUUCUAUCUAUGGUUUCACCGGAGGGUGGAGUGAAUCUUGAUUUUCCGGCGAGUAUCAUUUCAUUUUUUGUGGUGACUUUUCCUCUAACUAAAACCUGGUGAGAUUUUCAGAUUUGUGGCUAAAUUUGUGAUUACAGAGCAUAGACAAGUCACUGAUGGACAGAAACAGAGAGGGCCGUAGAGCUAGUAUCGUGGGCUCUAAUGGCUUCAACAGAAGGAGACCCAGGACUAACAGUCACAGAGACUCACCUGAUGAAGAUGGUGGAUUAGAGUUACAAGAAUCCGUCAGGUUAAGAGACAGAGGAAAGAAAGAUCGAGAUCGGGAUCGUGAGAGGGAGAGAGAAAGAGAAAGGGAACGGUCCAGUAGGAGCAAGAGAAGAAGAGCUGAGAGAGUGAUGAAUAAUAAAGAAGAUGGAGGAGAUGACACUUCAGAAGAAAGCAUGGAUGAUGAUGAAGUCUAUGAAGACGAAGAAAAUAUGACCACCUCCACCUCUACCACCACUAUCGGUGGCGGUGUGAGGCCGCCGCCGCCACAAGUGUCGGGUUUCGUUUCCAACCACCACCAGCAUAGCAACCACCAUCAUAGUCACAGUCAGCAGCAUAAUAUUAGUAGUAACAACAAUAUUAAUAAUAAUCACCAUCUUCAGCAUAGAAAAAGCUUUCCUCCUGCUUCUUCUUCUUCAUCUUCUUCAAAGGUUUUCAGAGGAGCACCUGUUUGGAAGGCCGGUGAUGAAAUGAUUGGCGUUUCCGUCCCCAGAAAAGCUCGUUCUGCAUCUACAAAGAGGUCUCACGAUUGGGUUUCAAGCAGUAGCAAUAACAACGUUGGGGUUGCCGGAGGAGAGCAGAUUCUCAGGCAGUCGUCGACUUCUCCAGCGAGACAGGGUAUUGCUUCAACCUCAGCGCCAUCGGCUGCAGCGCCAAUGUCUCCUUCGCUGUCCAAUGUUUCGAUUAGAAAGAAGCUAAAACUUGGUAUCAAUAACGGGCAGAAGCUAAAGCCGCCGCAGGCAUCAUCAAAAUCCAGUUCUUUGAAUCCAGAGGAUCUGGAGAUUGAAAUUGCUGAGGUGUUAUCUGGGUUGAAGACACAACCCCAAGGCCCUUCAUCCAAGAAAGAGGAUUCGGGGGAAGUUAAUAGAUCAAGCAUAGACGGUAAAUUGCAUGUUUCUUCUCCGAUCUCCAAUUCUACAAUGGCUAACAAUCCGAUUUUGCCUCCGACUUCUAGCCCCCUUUCAGUUGUUGCCCCAAAAAGAAAGAAACCGAGACAAGUAUUGGAAAAUCCGAACUAUGGUGUUCGUAGCAGCCCCUGUUCUACGGAUCAGAAGAUGAAGAGCGAGACUGGCUCUCCUAAUCUGGAGAAAAUCCUGGGAUCUACGGCUGAUAAUGGGUAUGAUAUGGGCAAUUUGGUCAAUUCUCAAGCUGUAGUGGCGCUGCCACCGGAACCUGUACCACCAGAGGCUGUGGUGGGAUCGGAAUCUAAGCCACCGGCUGAAGAAUUAAGAGAGACCAGAGAUUCAGCUACGGAGGAGUUGAGCUCACCAGAGAAGAAGGAAUAUCCUGUGGUGAGGUUAGAGGGUAAUAAUCCUGAGGACUUGACAGCGACUGCUUCAGUUUCUUCUCCAGGGAUUAAAUUGACUUCGAUGCUGUCUGGAGCAGAAAAUCAUAGGGAACCAAAGUUCGAAAUAGAUCUAAUGGCUCCUCCUCCACAAGUCAAGUCAUUGUCAGAAAGUGAUGCCAAGAUUGAAUUAAGGGCCGAUCAGAAGUCAGUACUGUCAAGUGUUGAUGCAGAUAUGAAGCUGGUCGAAAAGGAAGACGAGAAAGUGAAGGAUCAGAAAGAUGAUUCUACUAAUGUGGGAGUUGAAGAUAAGAAAGGUAAGGGAUCUGCUGAAGAAGAUAAGACAAUUGAGAUUAAGGGGAGGACUAUUGCUCUUCAGCUUGAUCUGGAAAAGCCUGAAAGAGAUGGGAAAUCUGUAACAGUUAACAAAUUGCAUCAGCAAUUACCAACUAAAGCUACCAGAGAAGAACCACAAGCUGAAAAAUCUGGUCAAUCAACGAGUUCAUUGCCUUUGCCAGUAUCAGUGGCUGGUUGGCCCGGUGAGCUUCCUCAAAUGGGAUACAUGGCACCGUUGCAAGGAAUCGUAUCAAUGGACGGAAAUGCUGUUACGCCGGCACCAAUUCAGCCAUUAUUCUCUCAUCCCCGGCCCAAAAGGUGUGCAACUCAUUGCUACAUUGCUCAGAAUAUACACUACCUCCAGCAGUUUGCUAAGGUGAAUCCCUUCUGGCAUGGCUCUGCCUCGAUGUUUGGAUCAAAACCUUGCAAUCUUAAUGUGGUGCCUUCUGCUGAUCUGCUUGGAAACAUGGCCAUUCGAGGUGUAAACAAUAUACCUGAUAAGAGGCAGGGUCUUGCUAAUAUCCCCAGUCAUAUUGGGAAGGAGAAAAGUUCUCAACCUCCUAGUACUUCGGAUUCUGCUCAGAGAAAGCAGAUUUUGCUACAGCAAGCUAUGGCACCUAACAAUUUAGUGGGACCAGCUUUUAUCUUUCCACUGAAUCAGCAACAGGCGGCUGUGGCGGUUGCCUCUGCUCGACCAAAUAUUGCAAAACCGCCAAACGCAAUGGGCAGUGUAGCUUCAUCUAAUAUCUCCAAUUCUGCAUCCGCUAGUGCCUCUUCAACAGCUGGUGGAGCACCUACUGCUAUGAGCUUCAACUACUCGAACAUGCCCCCCAGUGAAACCCCAUACUUGGUCUUGCAGAACAAUGCAUACCCUUUUCCGAUUCAAGCUAUGGGGCCCCCAACAAAUUAUCGAGGACCGCCUUCUCAGGCAAUGCCUUUGUUUAAUAGUUCUUUCUAUUCUUCUCAGAUGAUCCAUCCAUCUCAAAUUCAGCUCCAGCAGCCACCGGCCUCUCUAAGUCAUCAAAUGCAAGCUCAUCAAAAUGCAAGCAGUUCCUCAUCUUCCCAGAAGCAUUUACAGAGCCAGCAAUUGAGGCCACAAGGCAGCAGUGCCAACGGCGGGAAUGGGAGCGAGAACUUGCAAAACUUACAGACACAAAGGUCCCAGCCUUCUCAGCUGCCACAACAAUCACAGAAUCACCAUAUAAAUCCUCCUCGGGCACGCCACCUUGAGAACGAGUUGUGUGGUGAUGAUAGUCCAUCGACUGCUGAUAGCCGAGGGGUUCGAGCACCAGUGAAUAUUUAUGGUCCGAAUUUUUCCAUGCCUAUUCACCCGCAGAAUUUUGCUUUGAUGACUCCUCCGGCUGCUUUGACUGAUGCUGCUGCCUGCAGAAGUGGGAACCAGAGUGAGAAGCAGCAACAACCACAGCAGCAGGGUCUAAAGAGCGGAGCAGAUUCACAGCCGCCCCAGACUUUUCCAAUGUCAUUUGGUCUGAUAAAUGGCACUACCACUGGUUCGGUUAUUGACAUGACGUCCAUAUCACAAAAUCAUGCAAUCUUUCAGAGUUUCCCGGAGUCCACUCGGCAAAACAUCCCGAUGAUGGCAGUGAAGAACUUCAGAAUUUCUGAGGAUGGUAAAUCUGGAGGUGGUGAUUCCUCUGCAACUGACGAUGAGAGGAAAGGUAAGGCUGGGAAGAGUGAAGCAGGUGUUGGGCAGUCAAUUGUGUUUACGAGAACAGAUAGAGCCGAUGCAUCUGUUUCGUCCCGGACCUCUCGUACCAUCAAUCAGAAUACUCAGAUACAAACUCAAAUUCAGCAGCAGCAGCAGCAGAUGCUGCAGCAGUUUUCGGCAACUAUGGGUGCUCGGAGUAAAGCACCAUCGACUGGUAGUGUAAACAUUUAUUCUGAGCACUUAAAUUCAUCUGCAUCCACAGUUGCCAAGUUUCCGAAUACACUAUCCGGCUACCCACAAAACAUUGUUCAAAACAGCAACGUCAGCAGUCCUGUUCGGUCUCCCCAGUGGAAGAGUUCUGUAAGAACAUCGACCUCACAAGCUCCAUCAUCUACAGCAUCAUCAAUAAAAAAUCUAUCUCAGCAGCAGCCCCGAACUCAACAAAUGCACACACAGAUAUCUUUUGGGGGAAGUCAGAAACCAUCUGCUGCUUCACAAGCGCAACCCCCUCCAAGUAAUAAUAAUAAUCAGGCACCGUCUUCUCCUAUGAUGGUUGGCUCACCUACAACUUCGUCCAUCUCCAAAGGACCAAGUGGAAGCCCGAGAAAUACAGGUGCUUCCACAAGCAGCAAAACAGGACAGGUUUCUUCAUUGUCUACACAAUUGGCUAAAAACUCGCAAGCAGUUGCGAGCCAGAAGUCCCCAUCAAUUCUUGGAAACUCGCACGUCAUUUCCUCUUCGAACAGUGGAACAAAACCUCAGAUGCAACAACAGUCCCAACAACAGCAGUUACAAAAGAAUGUGCAACAAACACAAUACUUCUUUUCACAUCCCUAUUCCCAAGCCCAACCUCCGCACUCCACUAGUAUAAGUUCCACCACUUCAGGCAGUAGUGGGUAUUAUACGCAGAGAAGGCGGCCACAGCAACACCAGCAGCCGACUCAGCAUCCACCAGGCGCUCCGGUAACAUCUUCGACUGCAAUGCUGUCUUUGUGCCAGCCGGUUACUCUGGCUAGUACAAGCACUAACGAUCCUGCUAAAGCAAUUGCUGCAGCCACUUGCAAUGUGAAAGGCAGUGGGUUACCAGCGCAAGGCCUUUUCCACGCUGCUCAAUUUGCUGCACAGUCAUCGGGAAAUCUCUUAACAGGCUUGUCUUAUGUACAAACUGUUCCUGCUGCUGUUCCUGUGAAACCUGCAGAGCAGAAACAAACUGCUGGAAAUGAUAAUUUGCACCCAUGGCAGCCUGAGAAGAAAUGAAAGACGUUGCCAUCAAUUUUGCACAACCGUGGGAAACAACAUCAUCAAAUGAGCAAACCACAAUUUUGAAAGAAGGACAAGUUGAGCCAAGGGAUGGUGUUUUACUAAGUUUUCUUGAACCGAUAUUCCAUCCCUCUAGAAUGAAUGUGUGCCCAUUCAACGUCCUUUGUCGACACAUUGAAGGAGCUGAUUGUUGAUUGGUAAAAUUACUAAUUGAAUUAAAAAGACUGGCUAUGGAAGGAAGUGCUGAUGAAUAUAUUGGAUGUGUUCAUUUAAGUUUAUAAGACUCAAGGGAAAGGCAGCGGUAGUUUAGAAAAUAUUCCAGUCUGUUUUGAUGUAGUUAGUGGAUGUUCUUUUAUUUACAUGUAUCUUCUGUUGGGAAAAUUAUUUCCUGAAAGAGGAUUGUGAAAAAAAAAAAAAACAGUACCUCUUUGGACAUAUAUGUAUGUAAUGAAGUGCACCAUAUGUGUACGUCUGUGGUACAUAUAAGAGCAGUAAGCCCUCUCAAUUCUUUUUAUGAAAGUCUUGCCUACUAUUAGUUGUAUGAUAAA